CAGAACCCUAAAAACGCCUCUAUCAUCUUCAGCAAAGAGAGUGUAGAGAUUUAGAGAGAGAGAAGAUGCCGGCUGGACAUGGAUUGAGGUCCAGGACUAGAGACCUGUUCUCUCGAGGGUUCCGGAAGAAGGGCACAAUCAAUCUGUCAACAUAUCUUCGAACUUACCACAUCGGUGAGUAUGUCGACAUCAAGGUUAACGGCGCUGUUCACAAGGGCAUGCCUCACAAGUUCUACCAUGGUCGCACUGGUCAGGUCUGGAACGUCACCAAGCGAGCCAUCGGUGUUGAAAUGAACAAGCAGGUGGGUAACAGGAUUAUCUGCAAGAGGAUCCAUGUUCGUAUCGAGCAUGUACAGCCUUCAAGGUGCACCGAAGACUUCAAACUGAGGAAAAAGAACAACGAUAAACUGAAGGCAGAGGCCAAGGCCAGAGGUGUAGUCUUAAGCACCAAAAGGCAGCCAGAGGGCCCUAAACCUGGUUUCAUGGUGGAAGGUGCCACCUUGGAAAGCGUUACGCCGAUACCCUAUGACGUGGUGAACGAUCUCAAGGGUGGCUACUAGGGUUGUUCGUUGUUGCAUGAUGUCAUGCUUAUUAAAAUUUUUCUUUCUUUUUUUUUUUUUUGAGAAUAUUGCAUGGAAGUUUUUUGUUUUUAGUAAAUUUUUUGAAUGUUUUAAGUUA